UUAAAAGUAGAAGAAGAAAAAAGCGGAAGAAGAUGUCUAGUUUCGCUUCCGACUGACCUAUUUAGCUUAUCAUACUAGCUGCAGUUUUGUGCCCAACAGUGAAAUUGGAGUGGAUGUGGAAUUCGCGUUCUUGGUCACUAAGCGGUACAGAGCAAAUGAGCAUUAGUAGCUUAAAGCGUGACGGAGUAGACUAGCUGCUGUUAGCCUCGUUCCUUUAGCUGUGCGAUUAAAAUGAGGCGUCAGAUGUUAGCUGCGCCGUAAAUUCACCUGGCCUCUUUACAGAAGCUAGCUAGUUGAUUAACGAUUGCUGGCUAAUUAAAGCUAUAUUUUUAGUUUUGUUAGCUUAGAUAGGUUCACUCUCUUAACACCUUUGGAUGUUCAGUGUGUCAGAAAGUGACUCUUCAACCCCAUGUCUGCUGAGGCUUCAGUCGGCAGUCAUGCUGCCGACUCUGCCCAGUCCGCUGUUUCCCAGCCUGCCUGCCUUCACACAGAUGAGCACAGGAACCAGGGUCUGCUGGGGAGCAAGUACAUCAAGUUAAAUGUUGGUGGCUCAUUGCAUUAUACAACCAUCCAGACAUUAAGCAAGGAAGACAGCCUGCUGCGGAGCAUGUGCAAUGGAGAAACUGAUGUUACCAUAGACUCAGAAGGGUGGGUAGUUUUGGAUAGAUCUGGUCGGCAUUUUGAGCUGGUUCUGAACUUCCUUCGAGAUGGCUCAGUACCACUUCCGGAGGACCACAGAGAACUAGAUGAAGUUCUAAAAGAGGCCCAGUACUACCGGGUCCAGGGACUCGUCCAACACUGCCUCAGUGUCAUGCAGAAACAAAAGGAUGUCUUUGAAAGUGUAUGCCGCAUACCCAUGAUCACCUCAGCCAAAGAAGAACAGAGGAUGAUUGCUACAUGUAGAAAGCCAGUAGUAAAGUUGCAGAACAACAGAGGAAACAACAAAUACUCAUACACCAGCAACUCUGACGAUAACCUGCUGAAGAACAUUGAACUGUUCGACAAACUCGUGCUGCGAUUUAAUGGCCGCGUCCUGUUUGUCAAAGACGUGCUGGGGGAUGAGAUCUGCUGCUGGUCUUUUUAUGGCGAAGGCCGCAAGAUUGCUGAAGUGUGCUGCACUUCCAUUGUCUAUGCUACAGAGAAGAAGCAGACCAAAGUUGAGUUUCCCGAAGCCCGAAUAUUUGAAGAAACCCUCAAUAUCCUCAUCUAUGAGAACAACAGAGGAUCUGGACCAGGAGGCUUGCACCUUUUAGAUUCAAGAGGCUCCGGUUCAUCGCUGGGAGCUGGUCAGUCAGAGGAAGAGGGUGCCGUGGGAGGGGAUAGACGAGUACGACGGAUCCACGUACGGAGACACAUAAUGCAUGAUGAAAGAGGCCACGGUCAGCAAACUGUGUAUAAGGACUAAAAAUGUCAAAACAAAGCAGGGGAAAGGGACUUAAACUUUGUUGGGAUUUUUUUGUUUGUUUGUUUUUUGAAUGUUAAGGGAAUGAAAAACACGUCUUCGAUGACAGCAAUAGUUUGGUACGUAAUUUCAUUAAAUGUCCUCAGACUUUUCAGAAAUGUUGGCUGAUGACUGAUUUGUAAAUUUAGGUCUGAGUGUGCGUGGAAAGGAAAAUGCAUUUGUUUACAUGAAAACAACGUGUGUACAGUCUUUCGAUGGGAAAUACUGGUACUGAUACUGGCGUAGACAUUACUUUUCAGAGGUUAAUGAACCUCCUGCAAGCUACUGAAUAGUCCUCAAAACCCAAUGUCCUCCCAUCUUUAUCUGAGAGCAGACAACCUAAUGUCCAUGUGGGUUUUAAUGACAUGCACAGGCAGCCUUUUCUGUGUGUGACUUGUAGGAAACACUGUGUCAGUUUAUGCAGGCUGUGAAACUUUAUUCCCCUUUCUCCUCUGGAGUGAGAUGCUGCCGAACAUUGAUGGACAGAGGACGGUGAAGUUGAGCCUAGAUAUUGCAACACUGGAAUAAGACACAG